AUGCUGCCAUUAUUGCCUCGUUCCAUUGUGAGCCCUGCAAUAGUGCAGAGUCCUAAUGUUAGGAUCGCAACGAUGCUACAAAGGCGUAAUCUGAUGGGAUUUGUGCGUAAUGCGUUAGGUCUAGAUCCACCAGCUUCUCCAGAUGACCCAACACCUGAGAAUAGGUUCCAUCCUUGGGAUCAGUCGCCUUCUCCAGAUUUGCGUGAGCGUGCAGCUCGUAUUAAGGCGUUGGCUAAAUGUCCUGUUACCAAGAAGCCCAUUGAAUACACUUGUGAAUACUCUGGGAUUCCAACUCAUCACUCGAGAGAAGCGUGGGAACAAGAUACUGAGUACCACAAUUCCAAGCUCUACGAAUUGCUACGGAAGGUAAAUAUAUACGAACACGAUCUUAGAAGUGGAAGGCCUUUCCCAGAAUUCGAUUUUCCUCAAAGCCAAGAACUCGAUCACUUGGUGAACAUGACGAACUGGGACUUGUUUUUCUAUACCAGAGGCUUCUAUUCUAUGGACACUGAAUUCCAGCUUGCUGCAGUGACUAAGAUGUUGUCGUAUCCUAUAACGAUAGCUUCUGUAUUGCACCAAUACAUGCCAUAUUCGUUGAACCCUAAGGGUCCUUUAACUCUAGAAGGUCUGAAAUCUUUGUCUGCGCUACGUUAUACGAUUUAUCCACAAGCAAAUAAGGCCAAGCGCACGCUUAAGGACAAACCUAUGAGAAUAUUCGUGCUUGGAGCUCGUGCCGAGGCUCAGCUACCCUUGCAUGUUUGGAAGCAGUUGCAAUAUCUCUUCCCUGACACACGGUUUGAGAUUCACUUAGUGGGACCAGAGUCCAACUACGACCGCGAAAAGAAGCAGUACGUGUUGACCCCAACCCCAACCGUCCAGGUAAUAGAUCAUACAAUGAGAUUAAUUCACUACACCGACUACUUCCACGUUUAUCACGAAGCGCAGGACUUCUUCCCAUAUGACCCUUACAACGACAUCUUCUUCUGUUUCCAUCCUGGUUUCGGCGCUCCAGAGACGACCGACAGCUGGAUGAAAUCAACUGUAAGUGCAUUGCUACAAACGAAGUGUGCUAUUUUCUCUACAGGUUAUCACAAGCAGGAUAUGAUGGAUGACAUAAAUAAAAUCAAGGAAGUGCAUGGUCAUGAGCUUGAUAUGUUAAUGGACCCGGUUGAAAACAUCUUUGGCAGCUCCAAGUGGGAGUUGAACGAUCUCUCCCCACACGAAGUUUAUCGAUUCAACAUGUACAUCACAGGAUUUAGAGGCAAGAGAUACCAUGCCAUUGAGUUAUGA